UAGAGUGCGGCCGUGCUGCGCCGCUCUCGUUUGCUGCCGGAAUCUGCCUCUUGCCCCCGGCCUCUCGGACUCUGCCGGCCCGCUGGGCUCCGCAGCGGCUCCGGCCCGCAGCCCAGGUCCGGCGCGCUCCGGCCAAGGCUCGCCCGCUCCUCCGGGUGCGGGAGCAGGCGCGGUGCAGCAUGGCGGUGGAGGAAGAGGGUCUCCGGGUCUUCCAGAGCGUGAGGAUCAAGAUCGGUGAAGCCAAAAACCUUCCCUCCUACCCUGGGCCAACCAAGAUGAGGGACUGCUACUGCACUGUGAACCUGGACCAGGAGGAAGUCUUCAGGACCAAGAUUGUGGAGAAGUCGCUCUGCCCUUUUUAUGGAGAAGACUUUUACUGUGAAAUUCCUCGGACUUUUCGCCACCUGUCAUUUUACAUUUUUGAUAGAGACGUUUUCCGGAGGGAUUCCAUCAUAGGGAAGGUGGCCAUCCGGAAGGAGGACCUGCAGAAGUACCACAACAGGGACACCUGGUUCCAGCUGCAGCAUGUGGAUGCUGACUCAGAGGUGCAGGGCAAGGUGCACCUGGAACUGAGGCUGAGCGAAGUCAUCACUGACACAGGUGCUGUCUGCCACAAGCUCGCCACACGCAUCCUCGAGUGCCAAGGCCUCCCCAUAGUGAACGGCCAGUGCGACCCCUAUGCCACGGUGACGCUGGCAGGACCCUUCAGAUCAGAAGCCAAAAAAACAAAAGUGAAGAAGAAGACCAACAAUCCCCAGUUUGACGAGGUGUUUUACUUCGAGGUGACCAGGCCCUGCAGCUACAGCAGAAAGUCCCACUUUGACUUUGAGGAGGAAGAUGUGGAUAAACUUGAAAUUAGAGUCGACCUCUGGAACGCCAGCAAUCUGAAGUUUGGUGAUGAGUUCUUAGGGGAAUUGAGGAUCCCACUGAAGGUACUGCAGCAGUCCAGCUGCUACGAGGCAUGGUACUUCCUCCAGCCCCGAGACAAUGGCAAGAGCCCAAAGCCUGAUGACCUAGGCUCGCUGCGGCUGAAUGUGGUUUACACAGAAGACCAUGUGUUUUCUUCUGACUACUACAGCCCUCUUCGGGACCUGCUCCUGAAGUCCGCAGAUGUGGAGCCGGUCUCAGCAUCAGCUGCCCACAUCCUGGGCGAGGUGUGCAGAGAGAAGCAGGAGGCAGCUGUGCCCCUGGUGCGGCUCCUGCUGCACUAUGGCUGUGUGGUGCCCUUCAUCAGCGCCAUCGCCAGCGCCGAGGUGAAGAGGACCCAGGACCCCAACACCAUCUUCCGAGGGAACUCGCUGGCCUCGAAGUGCAUCGAUGAGACAAUGAAGUUGGCGGGCAUGCACUACCUGCAGGUCACCCUGAAGCCCGUCAUUGAGGAAAUAUGCCAGAGCCACCGGCCCUGUGAGAUUGACCCCGUGAAGCUGAAAGAUGGUGAGAACCUCGAGAACAACAUGGAGAACCUUCGGCAGUAUGUGGACCGCAUCUUCACCAUCAUCACUAAAUCCGGGGUCAGCUGCCCCACUGUCAUGUGCGACAUUUUCUUCUCAUUGCGGGAGGCAGCUGCCAAGCGCUUCCAGGAUGACCUGGAUGUCAGGUACACGGCUGUGAGCAGCUUCAUCUUCCUGCGGUUCUUUGCACCUGCCAUCCUGUCUCCCAGCCUCUUCCAGCUGACGCCACACCACACGGACCUGCAGACAUCCAGAACCCUGACGCUCAUCUCCAAGACGAUCCAGACUCUGGGCAGCUUGUCGAAGUCCAAGUCUGCCAGUUUUAAAGAGUCGUACAUGGCAACGUUCUAUGAGUUCUUCAAUGAGCAAAAGUACGCUGAUGCUGUGAAGAAUUUUUUGGAUUUAAUUUCAUCCUCGGGGAGAAGCGACCCUAGGAGCAUAGAGCAGCCCAUUCUGCUUAAAGAAGGCUUCAUGAUUAAGAGAGCACAAGGGAGGAAACGAUUUGGGAUGAAGAAUUUCAAGAAGAGGUGGUUUCGCCUGACCAACCAUGAGUUCACCUACCAGAAGAGUAAAGGUGACCAGCCCCUCUGCUGCAUCCCCAUCGAGAACAUCCUGGCUGUGGAGCGGCUAGAGGAGGAGUCCUUCCGGAUGAAAAACAUGUUCCAGGUCAUCCAGCCAGAGCGUGCACUAUACAUCCAAGCUAACAACUGUGUGGAGGCCAGGGACUGGAUUGAUGUCCUCACCAAGGUCAGCCAGCGCAACCAGCAACGCCUGUCUGUCUACCAUCCAGCUGCCUACCUGAAUGGCCACUGGCUGUGCUGCAGAGCCUCCUCAGACAUGGCCGCCGGCUGCUCCCCCUGCACCGGUGGCCUCCCGGCAAACAUCCAGCUGGACAUCGAUGGAGACCGAGAGACGGAGCGCAUCUACUCGCUCUUCAGCUCCUACAUGGGCAAGCUGGAGAAGAUGCAGGAGGCCUGUGGCAGUAGGUCUGUGUACGAUGGCCCCGAGCAGGAGGAAUACUCCACAUUCCUCAUCGAUGACCCCCAGGAGACCUAUAAGACGCUGAGGCAGGUCAUCACCAGCGUGGUGGCCCUAGAGCAGGAGCAUGCACAGCACCGCAGGGACAAGUUCAAGAAGACACGCUAUGGGAGCCAGGAGCAUCCCAUCGGAGACAAGAGCUUCCAGAACUACAUCAGGCAGCAGUCAGAGGUCUCCACCCACUCCAUGUGAGGCCCGCAGCACUUCUGGAUGGAGCCAGCGAGCUGCGGCAGGACGCACUGACCUCCCUCAGCCAAGAAGAGCCGAGUGGCUGGAAUGCACACAGGAGGCUCUCGGGCUCUGCAUGCACAUGGGACCAGUGGGCUGCUGGUGCCUCAAGGGCAUCCAUGUCCCCUCCAGAACCAAGAGGCAGCUGCCAUGUACCCUACCGUCUGCCAGGGGCGGGUGGUCCUGGCCUUUCUGGAACGGGGGCCUGUUUGCCUUAUUGCACUCUCUGGUUUCCCAGGAUCCAGGGGUCAGCUGAGUGACCUGGAAGUGUGGACUUUCUCACAAUCACACCAGUUUCUGAUUGGAGCCACGGGCAGUCCAGCCAGCAUGACCCCUGCCCUGUGCAGAGCUGCGCUUCCAUCCCUGUCCUUGCUGCGCUGGUCUCCACACCCAUGCAGCCCCAGCCUUGAAUUUCGGCUUUGUCCUGUGCGGGUCUUAACAGUAUUAUUCUCUCCUCACAAAGUUGCUGCCCUGCAGCCAGUUGCUGACCUUUCCACCCAGCCCUUGUGGCUUUGUUCCUGGCCCGAGCCUCUGCUUUGUGCCUGGGACCUGCAGAGCAGCACAGAGGUCCCAAGCUCGGAACCCUGUGGGGUUUGGAGUAGCUGGGGAGGGAAGGUGGUGUGGGUCGCUCCCCUCUGGGGGUCACUUGGCCCCUGGGUCCGCACACGUUGUUUUGCUGUUGGAUGAGGUUUAAAGCUAGAAUUCACAUGCUUGCCAUAGUUUGAGGAAGAUUUUAAAAAUAGAAGUGUGCAUUUUUCAAACCAUUUUUGUUAACUUUUUUUAAAGGACCAUUUUUAAUUGCUCUUUGAUAUAAGGUAACAAAGAAUCAAAACCAAUGCAAUGGAGGGAGACACAUCUCACAAACACCAGCUGAAGUCCUCAAGGGGGACCCUGUGGGCCAGCGGCUACCCCCUGGCCAUGCAGAAGGCUGGAGCAGCAUUCACUCCAUCUCUGAGCCUCAAGCCCAGCCAGAUGGUGGGUCCUGGGUCGGCACGGGGGCCUCUCCAGCGGGCCCCACACAGCCACAGCCGUGUCACUAUGGCACUGCACGAGGACCCGGAGAGGCCUACCCUGGGCACUGCUGUGCACCCUCCUGCCAGCUUCUCCCCAUUCUUGCCAGAGUUGCUGUAGCUCACCCUUAGUCCAGUAGGCAGACAGUGACUGCGUGUGGUCACAGAGGUUGUGGAGAAAAGUGUGAAAAGAAACUGUGGACACACAACUGUCACAGGGCUGCCCUGAACUGAAGUUUUUAACUUGGAUUUGUAACUUAAAUGUUUCUGUUUAUAAAAUACUAAUGGUUUGUGAUGUAUUUUACUGCCAAUUAAAGCACAUGUUUUAUUCUU